GACAAGGAUUGCAAAGGAGGAGGCGGUUGCCAUUACCCCAUCAAUGUUUCUGAUUGGUUGCCUGCUUGCCAUGUGCCAUGUGGCCCACGACGGUCUUCUUGUCCCCUCAUCAUCUGCGACCUCACUUGAUCUUGAAUACUGCUUACAAUGGACAAUUGGCCAUGCUUCGUUUGGAUUGCUCCUCCCUUUCGCUCCUUUUUCGUUCUGUGGAAUCGCGAGUGUCAGGCCAAACAGUCAUCUCUGGGUCCGUGCGCGCUCAUCUUUUCGCAGAGGUGGCAUCUAUGAGGAUGAGAGCGAGUUGGAAUCCCGAGACCUGUCUCCUACCAUCAUGAGCCCUCGUGUUGACGUUGCGAGGGCUGACCAUACGUCCAGCAGUCGUAUCAACUUCGUCGACUUACCGCAACCUCAAGCACGCCGUAUCUGUACGAGAUGCAGCCGACAUGUUAGCGAUCUGAAGAGCUGGCUGGGACAUUCUGAGUCCCCUCUGUUGCAAUCGUUCUUCCACUUUCGCCCAGCCCGCAUUGCUAACUCGCGCAAAUGGCCUCCAGUCUUCUCCUUUGGCAAGCUGGUAAGUGCAAUGUGGGCAUGAACCACUGCUAUUGACCGAACCGAUAUUCUCCGCGUAGAGGCAAGGUGUGUAGCGAUUAUCGAUAAUGCGAGCACGGCAACAAGGCUCUCCAACGAUGCGUUCACGACCCCAAUGCGAACAGGUUCGAUGAUACACGUGCUCUGU